CGAUUCUAGGGGCAGGGCGGGGCGGCGUUUCUCUAUCUGGCCAUUGGCUGUGGGAACCAUGAUCCUACACCAGGCUUCUGUCCAUUCCCGCCCCCCUCCCCACCCUUAUCUCCACUCGCCAGCCCUGGUGCUCUCCAGCGGCGCUGACUGAGCCCGGCCUCCCUGCUGUUCUAGCCCACGGCUGCUGCGCCAUCUUCACCCCCCUCUCGGGUCGGUUUUGUCUGUCAACGCAGCAGAGAUGCCGCUGGAAGGGGAGCCCAGCAGCCUGGCUAAAGUCGCUCAGCUCUUCAUCUUGUCUCUGGCCUGGGGGAUGCAGAUAUGGGUCACCUUCAUCUCAGGGUUUGUGCUGAUCCGGAGCGUGAGCCGACACACCUUCGGCCUCGUCCAGAGCAAGCUUUUCCCCUUCUACUUCUACACUCUGGUGGCCUGUGCCUUCCUCAACCUCUCCAUCUUCGCCUACUACCACCCCCGAGAGCUGCUGAGCGCUGGGGAAACCCUGCAGGGCUCGCUCUACUUCGUCUGCCUCCUCCUGGCCAGCGUUAAUGCCCUGGGCUUAUCCCCGGCCACCACGGCGGCCAUGUUCCGGUUGCAGGCCAUCGAGCGGGAGCAUGGCCUCGGCGGGGAGGUGGGGCUGGCGGCCCGGCGCGAGACGUACCAGCAGCUGCGGGAGAGGGACCCCAAGUACCAGGCCGCGCGGCAGACGUUCUUCAAACGCCAUGGGCUGUCGUCGCUCUGCAACCUCGCCUGCCUCGUCUGCAACGGAGUCAACCUGCUGUGCAUGGCGCUGCACCUCAGCAGCUUGUAGGCAGGGGCCCUGCCCGCGGGGAGGGGGCGGUGGCAUUGUUCUCGGGGGGGGGGGCCCACCCAGUAGGUGGGACUUGAUUGAGCGAGGGGCUUGGAAGUCCAGGCCCCACCGGGGUCUGAUUGGUGUUGCUUUCUAAGCCUGUAUCCCACGUCUGGCACCAGCUGGAGGUUCAUGUGUUGGGCAGGGCGGGGGAUGCAACCGACUUGGUGACUCAGCAGUGCUUUUCUCUGGGUUCUCUCCCCUGCUCUGGGAGGUGAGCAGGGUCUAGUGGGUGGGAGUGGGGGUAGGGGAGGGGGGGCAUGCUAGGGAGCAGGACUCCUGGGAGGGGAGUGGGAUCUAGUGGGUUAGAGCAGUGUGGGGACUGGGAGCCAGGACUCCUGGGUUCUGUCCCCAACUGGAGGAGGGGGGAGUGGGGUCUAGUGCCCCAGAGCAGGGGGAUAAACUAGAUCUCUUUAUUUUUUGUAAAUUAAAAUAAAAUCUCAGAGCCAGCUAAAAAGCUGCUUCUGCUAACAUGUGCCAGCGAACCAGCUGGGGACUGAAAUUUGCCCUGUGCUGAGGUCCCCAGGCCUCUUUCACACCGGGCUCUUUCAAAGGGCACCGUGGGAGAUGGAUGCCCAUUUCCCUUUGGAAACAGCCCCUCUCCCUCAUAGAGUUCAUUGUUGUUAGCUCCAGGGUGGCAGCAGCAGCAGCUGUGUUGGGUCCCCAUGGCGCGGCACCUAGAGAAGAGCUUAGCUGAAACAGGCAAAAUAUGGGAGGGGAAACUGAGGCACAGAGAGGGCAUGUCACAUGCCCAAGGUCACCCAGCUGGUGGUGGCAGAGCCGAGGAAUAGAACCCAGGUCUCCUGAGUCACAGUCGACUAGGCAACGCUGCCCCUUAUCAGAACCUCUGCGGGAUUUACUGGCAGUGCUUAGGCUGGCUCUCCGGAGCGCUCCGCUCUGGCGUCCCCUUGUCUAUUUCACGCUUCCUGUUCUGUUCUCGCUGUGCUCCGUUUUCUUGCUGAGCCUUGGCAGGCCGAGAUUGAGAAGCACGUUCCGUGGGCUCUUUGCCCUGCUUUUUAUUCCAGUUUGUACCAAUCAGAGGGGAAAAACUCCGAAUGAAAGUCCCCUUCCAGUGGGGUUCUUUGGGGGGAAAUAAAUCGCUCUUUUGUGCCUGUACAGCACCAUGCACAAAAGGGUAAUAGGCUAUGACCGGGGCUCCCUGAUGCUAUUGCAGUAGAAAUAAAGGAUCAUAUUCUCUGAGCCGCUUUUCUGUUCUAAAGUUUUCCAUUAAUAAAGGACGUAUUUACAAACUCA